AUAUACAUAUCUUCAUAAACCCUAGGCUUCACUCCCCCUCCCCUUAACAUCAUUUGUUUUUGCAGGUACCAGCAACCGCCGUCCCCAUGGGUAUCGAUCUCGUUGCAGGUGGAAAGAGCAAGAGGACCAAAAGAACCGCCCCUAGAUCCGAUGAUAUCUAUCUCAAGCUUCUCGUCAAGCUUUAUCGGUUCCUAGUUAGGAGGACGGGAAGCAACUUCAAUGCUGUGAUUCUGAAGAGGCUCUUUAUGAGCAAAGUCAACAAGCCUCCGAUUUCUCUAUCUCGUUUGAUUCGUUACAUGUCUGGAAAGGAUGACAAGAUUGCUGUGGUUGUUGGUACAGUGACCGAUGAUGUUAGGGUUCAUGAGAUCCCUUGCAUCAAGGUUACUGCUCUGAGGUUUACUGAGACUGCUAGGGCAAGGAUCGAGAAGGCAGGAGGAGAGUGCUUGACAUUUGAUCAGCUUGCUCUUAGAGCUCCUCUUGGACAGAACACUGUUCUGCUUAGAGGCCCAAAGAAUUGUCGUGAAGCAGUGAGGCACUUUGGAAAGGCACCAGGUGUUCCACACAGCCACACCAAGCCUUAUGUGCGAUCUAAGGGAAGGAAAUUUGAGAAGGCUAGAGGAAGAAGAAACAGCAGAGGCUUCAGAAACUAGGCUUUUCUUGAGGUGUCACUAUUUGAUGAUUCUAUGUCAACUUCUAUAUUGGGAUCUUUAAAGUUUUGUCAUUUAUAAGCCUGUUAGACAUAUUCUUCAUGGUGCUUUUUGUUAUUUUAGGCAAGUUUUUAUGGGUAUUGUUGGGUGUUUUUUUUUUUUGAAUUUUGAGAC